UCUGCCCUCUCUGUCUCUAGGUCAGCAAAAGACAUAUAAUCAAUAAGCUGUUCUUUGAUGUUGCCCUGGAGGAGCAGACAGCACUGGAUGCAGAGACCUUGCAGAAUGAACUGGACAAGGUGAAGGCUCAGCUCUCCAUGAAAGAGAAAGAAAAGCGGGAAUGCCAGGCCAUCGUGGAUGGGCUGCGGGACACCUUGGAUGUGCGCAAUGCCACCAUCGAGUCACUCCAGAAGGUGCUGGGAGAGACAGAGAUGCUGUGUUCCUCUCUCAAGCUCAGCCGAGGUUUGCUGCUAAUGCUGCCUGCUACUGGAGAGCCUGGAAAGGUGCUGGCUGUGAGAGACUCGUGGCCGCCCCAGAAACAGAUGAAAUUCCUGGAGCAGCAGCAGGAGGAUAACAGAAGUUCAAAGGAGGAGGCCCGCCGCCUGCGAAACAAGCUGAGAGCCAUGGAGCGGAUUGAAUUGUUGCUUCAGAGCCAGCGCCCCGAAGUGGAGGAGAUGAUCAGAGAGAUGGGAGUUGGGCAGGCAGCAGUGGAGCAGCUUGCAGUCUAUUGCGUCUCACUGAAGAAGGAAUAUGAGAACUUGAAGGAGGCUCAGAAGAUCUCUAGUGAGAUGACAGAGAAGCAGAAGAAGGAGCUAUUCUCUGUCAACAGUAAGCUGCAGAAAACAGUUUCAGAGUUGGAGAAGACAAAGGAGGAGUUAAAGAGCACCCAGAAGGAUCUGAAGAAUGCAGACAAGGAGAUCUUGAGUCUGAAGAAGAAGAUAGACAUACUGCAGGACACUCUGAAAGUGCCAUCUGUAACUAGAGAGACGCUCAGCCGGCUAGUCUUUGAGAGCCCAACUCCUGUUGAACUGCAGCACCCGAGGCUCCACCGUCCAGCUCACAGUGAUGAGAUCAACCUAGAUGAGACUUUUGAUGUGGACACCCCUGAAAAUCAGCCCUGCAGAUCUCCAUUCAGUGCUGCAAAAAAGCAGAAGCUGGAUAAAAAGCAGCCUCCCGUGGUAAAUCUGGCAAAGAAAGCUCUGAAGGAAACAGUGGAGAAUUGGGGAGAUGAUCUGGAGGAUGAGACUCUUAAAGGAUUCCUGCCAGCAUUCAUCAGAAACUCGGUUUUCUCCAAGAAGCCUGUGUCGGGUAGCUUGCUGGGUCCCCACAGAAACAUGGGCAAGGUGAGGAUGGGAUACGAUGGCUUGGGAGGCAGAACCAAGUUCAUACAGCCUACAAGCCCUACAGAGCUCCGUCCCAUACCGGUGAAGAGCAAGAGGAACGUCUCCAGGCCAGCAGCAGCUGCUGCCCCUGAACGUGCCUGCAGCAGCAACAGCCGGGCCAGCCUGGACGCUUUCCUGCAGUGAAGGGUUUGUGCCCCUGGGAGCAGCAGGGCUGUGCGCUUGCACAGAGCCUGGCCCUGCAGCGAGCCAGCAGGAGCCCAACCAUCUGCCUAGUGCCCGGACAGCUUCAUGCCUCAUUUCAGCCCCCCUCUCUCAUUUCCACGCAGAAAUUUAAAUGGGGAUUUCUCAUCUGCCAGCCUGCUCAAAGCUCUGUAGUUGCUGCUGUUGGUCUCUGGAUGUGGAGCUGCACUUCUGGGACACAGCCACGAGCUGCAGGCAGAGAUCUUGUCCAGCUGCAGCCUGGGGGGCAGCAGCUGGGAGCACGAGUGGGAAGAAGGGACCUGGUGCAGUGCUGUAAGUAGUGCAGAGAUCUUGCUGUGCCCAGGGUGAUGCUGCAGCACAGCUGUACCUGCUGCUGGGCCGGUCCCCGUCCCUCUGCCGAGGCUGCAGCACCUGUGCCAAGCUGGGUGUCCUGCUUUGCCUUGGGUUGGGAUGUGGAGCCUGGGCUGGGACAGAGGGGGGUGGUGGUGGUGGUGAACCCCUGCCCUGCUCAGGAAGAAGUGCCCCCUGCUGCUGACCUCUCUCUUUCUGGCCUGUGUUCUAUAAUUUCUUCUGUGUGAAUUUCUAUUUUUUUUAAUAUGAAUGUAGGCAUUUUUGUUGUUCUUUCAAAGCCAGCCUAAGGCACAGUGCUGCUGUGUGCUGGGGCCGGCGCUCCCCUCGCCCUCCUGUUGAGGCCCCGGGGGGUGUUCCCAUCCCCACUGCUGCAGGCUUGGGUCCGGCUGGCUGCAAACUUGAGGGAAUAAACGAAUUACUCUGCAUUGGUA